AUGAUAGUGACCAUUGUAAAACCAAACCCUGAUGAGAUGUUCAAUACCACUAAAAGUUUUCUUCUAAUAGAAAUACAUUCUACUAGAUCUCUUCAGAUCUUCAUUUUCUUACUACUUCUAGUCUCCUACUUGAUCACUUUGGCUGGAAAUAUUCUCAUAGUCGCUCUAACAUUAAAUCAUCCAAGUCUCCACACUCCCAUGUACUUCUUUGUGUCCAACCUGUCUAUUGUAGAAAUAUGUAUCACUACAACAAUCACACCAAAAUUUCUGUCCAUUGUUGGAUUUGGCAACCGUGUAAUCUCCUAUUGGGGUUGUGUUUUCCAAUGUUAUUUCUAUUUUGUAUUAGCUUCCAUUGAUUUCUUCCUCUUAGGAGUUAUGUCUUUUGAUAGGUAUGUGGCAAUAUGUCAACCUUUACAUUAUGUUACUGUGAUGAGCCAUAGAGUAAUCCUGUACCUUGCUGCAGGUUCUUGGUUGUGUGGCUUUGCAGAUACUUUACCAACUACUAUUCUUACCUCUAACCUACCAUUUUGUGGUUCUAAUGUUAUUCAGCAUUUUUUUUGUGACAUUGAUCCAAUUCUAAAGCUUGUCUUUACCCCAGAGACCUGGCAGGAAGAUACAGCCUCUGCAGGGAGCAUUCGCUGCCUACAAGAGACCCCAGACGGCGGGAUGAGGUUCAAAGAACAGCACCAACCAGAACCGGAGCCCCUCACCCCAGACCUGGCCGCACCACCAACACUACGGGUGGGCCAGAUCAACAAUUCAGUGCCGACAUUUAACCCCAGAAGCAGGAGAGCCCCCUAA